AACUUGAAAGAGAUUUUGCGCAGAACCAGGAUGCUGGAGAUUUACAAAACACCCGUGAUCUUAUACAAAACACCCGUGAUCUUAUACAAAACCAAGAGUUUGGAAAUAUUGAAGAUAAAACAGUUGAUCUAUCAUUAGAAGCUCGCAACUAUCCCAAAAAGGUGGUUGAUAUUACUAAGCAGCGUGAAAGGCCUUCUUUAGCAAUCAACUGCAAAUGGCAUGUUAAUUUUAAUAGUCAGAAGGGAAGUACUGAGAUAAUUUGUACUUCUUUUGCCAAUAAGCAUGACUACGAUUUGAAUCUCUUAGUUGCUCAAACAGCACCACGUUUCUGUAAAUUGUCAGAAGAGAUACUUGAAGUCAUAAAGUUUUAUACAUAUUCUACAGAGGAAAUCAGUGCUACUUUACAGUACAAUCUUCUAAAAUUAAAAUAUCCUGACAA